AUGGAUCUAGCCCGCGCUCUUGAGACCGCCUCCAGCGGCGAAGUCAUCAAAUGCGUCGACAUGCACACCACCGGAGAGCCCACCCGCAUCGUCUACGCGGGGUUUCCUCCCCUCCGCGGGUCACUGCUCUCCCAGCGCGAUCAGGCUCGGGAUCAAUACGACCACCUCCGCAAGCGAAUCAUGCUAGAGCCUCGUGGGCACUACGACAUGUACGGUGCCAUUCUCCGACCAUCCACUGAACUGGUCGAAUCCGGUGAAGCUCAUAUCGGUGUUCUCUUCACCCACAACGGCGGCUUUUCCACCAUGUGCGGCCACGCAACCAUCGCGCUAGGCCGAUUCCUGGUUGAUACUCAUGAUGUGGCUGUUUUCCCGAAGCAAAAUGAACUGGUCGUGGAAGACACAUCAGUGGUUGUCAACUUGCAUGCGCCGUGCGGAUUGGUUCGCAUCACCGUCCCUGUUCAAGAGACAGCCGAUGGAUUCAAGUCCGAUCCCUCACGGGCAGUAUCAUUCCUGUCAACACCAGGUUAUGCUGCUGCGACCAAUCUUACUAUUCUUAUUCCACCUGAGAUACGAUGGAGCGAGCUUGAAGGGCGUGAGAGCAUCACCCUUGAUGUCAGCUAUGGAGGGGCAUUCUACGCGUUGAUCAAUAUGCACGAGCUGGGAUUCGCAUCCACGGGGCUGAAAAAGGUCGAUCUUGACUCACUAUCGCAAGUGAUGAGAAGACUAAAGACAUAUCUUGAAAGUCAUCCCGAUAUUCUGUCUGCCUGUCAGCACCCGGAGGACAAGAGACUAUCAUACCUGUACUCCAUUAUGCUGGUGGACACGAAUGUCGGGUUCAAGCCAGACGGCGUAGCUGGUGCCGAGACCGGACUGUGCUUCUUCGCCGACAAUCAGAUUGAUCGGUCGCCCACAGGUUCGUGUGUCACAGCUCGAAUGGCCCUGGCACAUGCAAAGGGGGAGAGAUCGGUGGGUCAGCGGUGGGCUUACAACUCGGUUGUCUCCAAUCACUUUCAAACCGGUGCAUUUGAGGCUGAGAUCGUGGAAACAGGCCUGCGGGUGGAGGGCGGAAAUGCUCCGGCCAAGGAUGCGGUGGUGGUGCGUGUGGAGGGGAGGGCGUACUAUACAGGCACAUCGAGUUUUAUGGUUGAAGAGGGAGAUGUUACGAGUCAUGGUGGAUUUGUAAUGAGUGAUAUAACACAAUAA